UGCCUGUCCGGAGUUGAACUGCGAGUGGCCAGAGGGUGAAGAUGCUGCCAGAGCCGCCGAGCUUUUCCGCAACCGCAGCUCUUGUGGAUGUCGUCCGGAAGUGCGUGGGGGCCAUGGAUGGCUUGUUUGUCCGGAUGAUCAAGCCGAGCGCGAAGGAGGUCGCAGAGCCCAACUUGUAUUACAACGGGCACAAGAACGGCUUCGGCAUGAACUUCCAGGCGGUAUGCGACGCCCAGUAUCGCAUCGUGGCCUGGACGAUGAGUUGCCCAGGCAGCCAAAACGACCGCACCGCGUUCAACUUUGCGUGGUUCGAUAAGCUCUUGGCGGGCUUGCCCGAAGGCCACUUUGUCGUGGGCGACGCCGCCUAUGGGGCGUCCGAGCGCGUCGUCGUCCCGUUCCCGGGGACGAGCCUCUCCGCAAGCCAAGACGCGUGCAACUACUACGUGUCUCAGUGCCGGAUGGCAAUCGAGCAGACCUACGGCAUUCUGGUCAGGAGAUGGGGCAUCCUCUGGCGCCCCAUGGAGGUUCGCAUCGAGAAGUUCGAGCACGUGGUGAACGCCGUCGUUCGCCUGCACAACUUCUGUCGGGAUCGAAAGGUGGACGUCCCCACGGAGAACACGGGGUCUGCGAUUCCUCCGCCCGAGGUCGCUUUUGACGACGACGGCCUCAUCAGCAGCGACUACUUCGAGACCGUUCCAGUGCGUACCGGGCGCCCGGUGAAGGACCAGGCUAAGGCGUCGAAGCCGAGGGAGGCCAUCCGCAAGGAGCUGGAGGUGGCCGGCUUGAUGAGGCCAGAGCACAACAUCGCCAGGAGCCACAAACGCGCAAGUUAGAGUGCUGUCGGAACCUUAAACUUGGCAGAGAGGGAGGGGAGGUCGAGGGCGAGAGCGGGAGUGGGGGGCAAGAGCGGGGUCGGAACCGGCGGCCGACGUGGGGUGUGUGUAUCGCGGGGAUCGGGGUGAGGGUCAUGUGCGGUGGUCUGUGUGUGUGUGUUGUGUUGUGUUGUGUUGUGUUGUGCAUGGGUGUUUUUCCCUGUGGUUUUAAGGCGGCAUUGUUUGGUGGGCGUUUAUUCGUGUUGCGUUUCUUUUUUUUACUACGUGCUGGGUUAGGAUCCGAAUAACACGUCCUCCCGCCAUCGAAGGUGUUUUUUGUCGAAGCGGUCUACCUCGUGUUCGCGGCCCAUAAUUGUAGUGUCUUUGGGCGUUCGACAUGGGACUACAUAGCUGUCACCGUACACUGUUUCCUCGCCAAGGUUCGCUUCUGAUCGGAACUGCCUUUUGCGAAGUAUACGUGAUUGUGAAGCUGUGGAUCGGGGCCAACCUGCCGUUGACUUAGUUGGCGCUUGUUUUAUUGAGGAUGAUGUUGCCUAAGAGAGAACGUGUGAGGACGACCGUAAAAGCACUAUGGUGAUUUACGAGCGUGAGCGACAAGCUCUGAAGCUCUUCCGGAGGGGGGUUCGGUCCUCGCGCACGUCCCCAUGUGGUUGCAUCUGUGUAACCACGCCAGUCCUGCCCUUGCCCUGGUGCAUUCCUCGUACAGGAGUACUAGGCGAUCAGAGUCGGCUUAGACAACGGUACAAGCAAUCCCACGGAAAAAGCUGCUUCCCCAACAAACCGGGCAACUUCCAACAGAGCCGCACUGUCCCACUUCCAUGCUAUUCUCGGACAUCAAAUCUCUCCGGUGUCCGUACAAAAAAAAAUCCCCACACACGCUAAGAAGAACAACAGCUCACAGGACCUUUCCACCCAGCAGAGCACAAGCAAGGUCUCGGUGACAAUAUGAUCCUCUAGGGCGGAACUGCUGUGAUUUUGACGCAUUCGUCAUUUCCAAAACAUGUCACGAUGUUGACGUCUGGAAUAGAUAUGAGGAUCCGCAGAACCUUGAACCAAUCAUGAGAACAACCAAACAGAUGUCCUCCUUCGACGGAAAACCCGACUUGCGUGAAAGCAUCGCAAUGCCCUGUCCUGUCAUAAUGCUGUAGCUCCACUUCUUGCUGUUUAGCCAAAUCUGAAGGGGUCGGAGGGAGGUUUCCAGCCAGGGUGCUCCCACCAAAGACUGUAUCCCCCCACCAUCCAUCCCCGCCUCUCGCCUGCGCAACCAGUACUCAAGCCCUACCCCCGUCGCCCGUACGCGCCAAGGCCCGUGCCAUCGCCGGCAAAUCAUCCACAGGCGUGCGCACCGGAAGCGCAUGAAGAUCCUACAUCACAUGGCCCGCGACCGUGCCUCCUUCGACUGCUGCAGGCGUAGAUGGCGCAGCAGGACUCGAUGACGGUGGGGGCGCGGCUGCGGCCCUCGAUGAUGCCACAGCCGCCUCGUCGCUGCUCUGCUCAGCCCGUGCCACUCGCGCUUCAGCGGCAUCCCACAACUUCUGAUAUUUCUCCCGCAAAAAGUUCGAUGAUGCAGAAUCGACCUUUGCUUGGAGCCUCUGAACAUCGUCGAUGAAUCCCUCCAUGGCAAGGUCCUUCGCUCGGUCCUUCUCUAUAUUACCGAAAGCAGGUCCGUCUCCCCGUACUUCCUGCUCCGCUGCUUUGCGCCACUAGGCGAUCACUUCCUUCGUGUCGGCUACCAGCUCCGCCUGUCAUCGGAACCCGUCCUGGGUUUCUUGUGCUUCCGAGAGUUGUUGUUGCCAGAGGAACGGGCGGGUGUCGUCUCACCUCUCCCUCGGACCCCGGGUCCACCCGGCACGCUGCUGCAUGAGCCUGGGUGUCCAUCGGGGAGGACGAUAUCGCCGGGGCGGUAUGUCUCGUCGUCGCCUCCGCCGGAGAGCUCGAUACCGUCCUCUCAGAGCAUUGUCAGUAAAGAGCCCCGCAUAAACUGGAAGAGAUAACGGGCGUUGACGAAUCCCCCGUCCUGAGUUGCAUCCGCACCGGCCCCACCACUUCUUUGCUCGUUCUCCUUGAAUUUCUGAUGUGUGCCAAGGAGAGAGCGAAGAAACGGUCCACGUUCGUCGGAAAUGGGAUGGGAACAAAGUCGUGAGUCUUGAGUGGUGAAAUCUGAUGUCGCUCACAAUCUUUCUGCAUUCCAUGUGGUACUUGUGUUGGG